CCUCAGUCGGAUGUCCUGUUGCUUCAGGAGCAUUUCAUCUUUCCACAGCCACAGAGAACAGAGCCAGAACAACCAUGAGCCAUUCUUCAGUGCAUUCCUCCACCUCCUACAGGCGCACCUUUGGAAGCCCACACCCCAUCUCCCUGUCCUCCUUCACCCCCGUAUCUUCUCGCCCUCCCGUCUCUGGAGGCCGCUACAUGCGCUCAGUCUCACCUAUGGUGGCGUCCCGCCCCGCCACCUACCAGCAACAGCGUACCCGCUCCAGCCCCCAGCCCCCUCGCAUCUCCUACGACAAGGUGGACUUCACCUUGGCUGAAGCCGUCAACCAGGAGUUCCUUGCCACCCGCAGCAAUGAGAAGGCGGAGCUGCAGCAGCUCAACGACCGCUUUGCCAGCUACAUCGAGAAGGUGAGGUACCUGGAACAGCAGAACGGUGCUCUGACGCAGGAGCUGAACCAGUACAAGGGCCAGUACCAGCAAGGCCAGCCCAACCGGGCCUCGGAGCUCUUCCAGGAGGAGCUCAGGGAGCUGAGGCGUCAGAUGGAUGCAGUCGGCAAAGAGAGGGACCAGUACCUGCUGGAGAGGGACAACCUGGCCGAUGACCUGACCCUCCUCAAACAGAGGUUGGAGGACGAAGCCCAGAAGAGAGCUGAUGCUGAAAAUAACUUGGUUGCUUUCCGCAAGGAUGUCGACGAUGCCACGUUGUCCCGUUUGGAGCUGGAGAGGAAGAUCGAAUCUCUAAUGGAUGAGAUUGAAUUCCUAAAGAAACUCCACGAUGAAGAAAUCCAAGAUGUCCAAGUGAGUGUCCAGACCCAGCAGCUGAAGAUGGAGGUGGACAGUACCUCCAGGCCGGACCUGACUGGUGCUCUGAGGGACAUCAGGGCCCAGUAUGAGACCAUUGCAUUGAAGAACAUGCAGGAAUCUGAGGACUGGUACAAGUCCAAGUUUGUUGACUUGACUGAGUCUGCAAAGCGCAACACUGAUGCCCUGAGGAUGGCCAAGCAGGACGCCAACGAGUCCAGGAGGCAGAUUCAGUCCCUCAACUGUGAAAUUGAUGCACUUAAGAACACAAAUGAAGCUCUGCUCAGGCAGAUGCGUGAAAUGGAGGACCAGUUUGGCAACGAGAUUGCCAACUACCAGGACAACGUGGGCAGACUCGAGGACGAGAUUCGCCACCUGAAGGAAGAGAUGGCUCGCCAUCUUCGGGAGUACCAGGACCUCCUCAACGUCAAGAUGGCCCUGGACAUCGAGAUCGCCACUUACCGUAAACUGCUGGAGGGAGAGGAAAGCAGGAUCUCUGUUCCCAUCUUCAACGUAGGAAUGAGCAAUCAUCUUGGUGACAGAGAUUAUGAAAAAGCUCCUGAAACUCAGGGCAAGAAGACUGUGGUGAUUAAAACUGUGGAGACCAGAGAUGGAGAAGUGGUGAAGGAAUCCAGGAGAGAGAAGGAGAGUGACUCUGGAAAAACCGACAUAGACGACUAGAUAAAAGCUGUGAAGUUAGACAAUGUGCCAUGGUAGAGAAAAAUAUGAAGAAAUUAAGAAUUCUGGCACAUUUAGUUCUCAUUCCCAUUAGUUAUGUGUGUUGUUGUCUAGCAAUGUAUCCCUCAGCAAAGGUGCAACCUUUAGAGAAUCACCUUGGUGCUACGUAAGCCACCAAACUUUUGCUAAACGCUCGUGUUAUGCCGUUUAUUACUGUACCACUCGAGGCCUUGAUUUACAGUGCAAUCCUGUGGAAUUAGGCUACCACACAUUUAUAGUAGACAUUUAAAGUACAGGCAGAAAUAAGUAGCUAAAUACAAGAUUUUAGUGCUUAAUUUUAGACUGAUUUACUAACAAAUGUGCUGACACUGCCCUUUAUUGCCCCACACACCUUAAAUGGCAGAAUAAGGUUAAUUCAAUCUGUCUGCUUUUGUUUUUGAAGCUUUGCUACCCUUUUAUUAUUAAGACUGUCUUUUUAUUGGAGAUGUGGAUUGAUAAAUGAACAUGUAACAAGCAAGAAAAGAUGAAACUGAAAAGAUGAUCAACUAAAUAGACUUUUGCAAAAUGUGCUUUUGAAUGAUGUAGCACGGUUAAUGAAUAAAAAUGUAUGUGCAAAUAAACUUCAUUGGCGCUAA